AUGGAUAUAGACUCCCCUUGGGGCGAUGUCCCAUCCAAGUCUAAAGCAGACGAUCCCCAAGAGCCAGACCCUACUUCUGUGAAAGCUGAUACUGCCACUGGCUCCACCCCAUCAGUAAAAUCAGCUUCCAGUGGACCACGUUCUUCUGCAUCGAGAAAGAUCCCGGCUCGUAAAAUCGAAGUGCAACCGACGAAGCUCGAGGCUGUGGACGAUGCAUUUGACCCCCUUGGCCCUCUAGGUGCAGAUCCUACACCUGCCGCUUCAUCCAUAUCUACCGACCAGGCACCGACACCUCCGAGAAAAGAGCUUAAUGCACGGGCAACCAGGCCACCUUCUGCCACUUCUCCUGCCUUCCCAACGUCGGAUUACGAAGAUACUACACUUCCCAUCGGCCGAGUCAAGGGACCCCCUCCAGUCCAACCGCAGACAUCCGGAGCUUCUCGACAAACACAACCUAGUGUCAGCCUAGAACAGGCUGCGAAACCAACAUUUGACAUACUGGUGGGCGACCCUCACAAGGUUGGAGAUCUGACUAGCAGUCAUAUCGUGUAUCAGGUUCGCACAAAGACAACAUCGAAAGCCUACAAGAUUCCCGAGUUUGCCGUAUCUAGGCGAUACCGAGAUUUCUUAUGGCUAUAUACCUCCCUGCACAACAACAAUCCCGGUGUGGUCGUGCCGCCUCCGCCAGAGAAACAAGCGGUCGGUCGGUUCGAUACCAACUUUGUGGAAUCCAGGCGACAAGCAUUAGAACGAAUGUUGAACAAAAUCGCGAGCCAUCCCAUUCUACACCAUGAUGCUGACCUCAAGAUCUUCCUUGAAAGCGACGCAUUCAACAUUGAUGUCAAGAACAAGGAAAAUCGGGAACCAGAUUUGGGUCAGAACAAGGGCAUGUUUAGUUCUCUCGGAAUCAACGUUGGUGGAUCAGGUGGGAAAUUCGUCGAGCAUGAUGAUUGGUUUCACGACCGAAGAGUCUACCUCGAUGCUCUUGAAAGCCAGUUGAAAGCUUUGAUGAAAGCUAUAGAUUCUGUGGUGAUUCAACGGAAAGGGCUUGCUGAAGCUGCGGGAGAGUUUGCCGUCUCACUGGGCAACCUGGCGCAAGUCGAGCUGUCCCCGGUCUUCUCUGGUCCCUUACAAGCAUUGUCCGAUGUGCAGGUACGAAUAAAAGAGUUGUAUGAGCGACAGGCAAUGCAAGAUGUGUUGACUCUGGGUAUCACGAUUGAUGAAUACAUCCGGUUGAUUGGAAGUGUGAAACAGGCUUUUUCGCAACGGCAAAAGGCAUUCCAUUCAUGGCAUACUGCAGAAAGCGAACUGGCCAAACGAAGGAGCGCGCAUGACAAACUUAUGAGGCAAGGAAAGAGCCAGCAAGAUAAGCUGAAUGAGGUGGGCGCUGGAGUCAGCGAUGCCGAGAAGAAAGCACAUCAGGCAAGACUACUCUUUGAGGAUAUGGGCCGCUUGAUGAGAGGUGAAUUGGAGAGAUUUGAACGAGAAAAAGUGGAAGAUUUCAAGAGUGGAGUCGAGACGUUCCUGGAGGGAGCUGUGGAAGCUCAAAAAGAGUUGAUCGAACUGUGGGAGACUUUCCUCCUACAGAUGGAUACAGAAGAGGAGGUUCCUAGCAGAGCACCACAACAAGGAGCUAUUUCAUCUACUGCUGAUGACAGAUCUGAAGACCCAACGACAGGAGAUCAUGCGGUGACCCAGGAUGAAAGACCGAUUGCCACGGCGACAGAUGUGGCACUGGAGCAGGAUGCUUAA